UGCCGGGCUGCAACUUCUCGCCUCCUCUCCGCCCGCCCUCCCACAGCGGCCGCUCGGCUCCCGCCCCCUUGCCUUCCCAGCGGGUCUUCCCGGAGCCGCUCUGGCCCGAGCGUCCCCUCAUCUCUCUGAUCUGGCCCAUCCGGCUCGGGAGGGAGGCGCGGGUGGGUGAGGGAAGGCAGUGGGGUUAUGGGGUCCGGGCUGGCACCUCGGAAGGCUGGCACCGUCCCCGGCAUCCGCUCGCGCCCCGCCCCUGACUGGAGGGGUCUCUCCGGGACCGUCUGGGCCUGGCUGGUCCCGGCCCAGUACUCUCUGUAGGGGGCCCCUGCCGGGCGGUGGAACCCUUCGCCCCCUGGGGACCACCCGUCUGUAAGGUCCGUUUUGGCCCGCAGCGGCCUGAAUCUAACUGCUGGACGCCGUUUUAUGGGGUCGGCCCCUCUAUGGGGCCCCGUGUUUCUAGGGGACCCCUACGGUCCCUAGCGGUCGAGCCUGUCCCUGGCGAGCCCAAGUACCCGGCCUUCCAUGGGUCUGUAGGACCGGCUGCUCGGCUCCCAGAGCCGGUCCCCAGCGGCCGUCCCCUUCUCAGGGACUGCGUCUCCCAGACUUCCCGGGUCUACAAGGCCAUGCUAUGCCUAUAGAGGUCGCAUUUGCAGGGCCUCACGCCGGGUAGAGGGUCCUCUCCGGAUCUUCGCGGCCCUUCCCGUUUCCAAGGGUCGUUGCGGGAGGCGACGAUGGCCCAGGGCCGGGCACUAUCCACGGCCCUGGCCCUGGCCGUGGCUCUGGUCCUGGCCGUGCUGGGCCCGCUGUCCCCCGGAGCCCGGGCGGGGGACUGCAAGGGGCAGCGACAGGUGUUGCGGGAGGCUCCAGGCUUCGUGACGGACGGUGCGGGCAACUACAGCGUCAAUGGCAACUGCGAGUGGCUCAUCGAGGCCCCGAGCCCCCAGCACCGGAUCCUGCUGGACUUCCUUUUCCUGGACACAGAGUGCACGUAUGACUACCUGUUCGUGUAUGACGGUGACUCCCCCCGGGGGCCGCUGCUCGCCAGUCUCAGCGGGAGCACCCGGCCGCCACCCAUUGAGGCUUCCUCGGGCAAGAUGCUGCUGCACCUCUUCAGCGAUGCCAACUACAACUUGCUGGGCUUCAACGCCUCUUUCCGCUUCUCCCUGUGUCCCGGCGGCUGCCGGAGCCACGGGCAGUGCCGACCCCCAGGGGUGUGCGUCUGCGAGCCGGGCUGGGGGGGCCCUGACUGCAGCCUGCAGGAGUGCUCGGCCUACUGUGGCAGUCAUGGCACCUGUGCCUCGCCCCUGGGACCAUGCCGCUGUGAGCCUGGCUUCCUGGGACGGGCCUGUGACCUGCACCUGUGGGAGAACCAGGGGGCUGGUUGGUGGCACAACGUGAGUGCUGGUGACCCCGCCUUCUCUGCCCGGAUUGGGGCAGCUGGUGCCUUCCUGUCCCCACCUGGGCUGCUGGCUGUAUUUGGAGGCCAGGACCUCAACAACGCCUUGGGUGACCUUGUCCUGUACAACUUCUCUGCCAACACCUGGGAAAGCUGGGACCUGAGUCCUGCCCCGGCUGCCCGUCACUCCCACGUAGCCGUGGCCUGGGCCGGCUCCCUGGUGCUGAUGGGUGGUGAGCUGGCCGACGGCUCGCUCACCAAUGAUGUGUGGGCCUUUAACCCAAUGGGAGGGGGCCAGUGGGAGCUCCUGGCACCACCCGUCUCAAGCUCCUCAGGGCCCCCGGGCCUGGCAGGUCAUGCAGCCGCCCUAGUGGACGACAACUGGCUCUAUGUGUCUGGUGGCCGCACCCAGCACGACCUCUUCUCCUCUGGCCUCUUCCGUUUCCGACUCGACAGCUCCAGUGGUGGCUACUGGGAGCAGGUGGUUCCAGCAGGUGGCAGGCCUCCCGCCGCCACUGGCCACUCCAUGGUGUUCCACGCCCCGUCCCGCACCUUGCUGGUCCACGGUGGACACCGGCCUUCUACUGCCCGGUUCUCUGUGCGGGUGAACUCCACUGAGCUCUUCCACGUAGAUCGCCGCGUGUGGACGACCCUGAAGGGCCGGGAUGGACUUCAGGGCCCACGGGAGCGAGCCUUCCACACCGCCAGUGUCCUAGGCAACUACAUGGUGGUCUAUGGGGGCAACGUGCACACCCAUUACCAGGAGGAGAAAUGCUACGAAGAUGGCAUCUUCUUCUACCACCUCGGCUGCCAUCAGUGGGUGUCAGGGGCCGAGCUUGCCCCUCCUGGCACCCCUGAGGGCCGAGCAGCGCCUCCCAGUGGUCGGUACUCACACGUAGCGGCUGUGCUUGGUGGCAGCGUCCUGUUGGUGGCUGGGGGGUACAGCGGCCGGCCCCGUGGGGACUUGAUGGCCUACAAGGUGCCUCCCUUCGUGUUCCAGGCACCUGCCCAGGAUUACCACUUGGACUAUUGCUCCAUGUACACGGACCACAGCGUCUGCUCCCGGGACCCCGAAUGCAGCUGGUGUCAAGGGGCCUGCCAGGCUGCGCCUCCUCCUGGGACCCCCUCAGGGGCUUGUCCAGCCGCCAGCUGCCUGGGCUUGGGCCGCCUCCUGGGUGACUGCCAGGCAUGCCUGGCCUUCAGCAGCUCCACAGCCCCUCCCCGGGGCCCCGGCACCCUGGGCUGGUGCGUGCACAAUGAGAGCUGCCUGCCUCGGCCUGAGCAGGCUCGCUGCCGAGGGGAGCAGAUCUCGGGCACUGUGGGCUGGUGGGGGCCUGUGCCUGUCUUCGUCACAUCCCUGGAAGCUUGUGUCACUCAGAGCUUCUUGCCUGGCCUGCACUUGCUCACCUUCCAGCAGCCGCCCAACACCUCCCAGCCUGACAAGGUCUCGAUUGUCCGCAGCACGACUAUUACCCUGACACCCAGCCCGGAGACAGACGUGUCCCUGGUGUACCGUGGCUUCAUCCACCCGCUGCUACCGGGAGGCCCAGGCGGGCAGGGGGCUGAGGAUGUGGCUGUGUGGGCCCGGGCCCAGCGCCUGCACGUCCUGGCCCUGAUGGCUUGUGGCCCUGACACAGAGAAAAUGGAGGAGGUGGGGCGCUGGGUGGCCCAGCAGGAGAAGGAGACAAGGCGGCUGCAGCGCCCAGGGUCUACCCGCCUCUUCCCGCUGCCAGGGCGGGGCCACAAAUACGCAGUGGAGAUCCGGGGCCAGCUCAAUGGCUCGGCAGGCCCCGGGCACAGUGAACUCACUCUGCUUUGGGAUCGGACCGGUGUGCCAGGUGGCAGCGAGAUCUCCUUCUUCUUCCUGGAGCCCUACCGCUCGUCGGCCUGCACCUCCUACUCCUCCUGCCUGGGCUGCCUGGCGGACCAGGGCUGCGGCUGGUGCCUGAGCACUGCCACGUGCCACCUGCGCCAGGGCGGGGCCCACUGUGGGGACGAAGGGGCUGGUGGCUCCCUACUGGUUCUGGUGCCUGCUCUCUGCCCACUCUGCGAGGAGCAUCGUGACUGUCACGCCUGCACCCAGGAUCCCUUCUGCGAGUGGCAUCAGAGCACCAACCGCAAAGGGGACGCGGCGUGUAGCCGGCGUGGCCGGGGCCGGGGUGCUCUGAAGAGCCUGGAGGAGUGUCCCCCGCUGUGCAGCCAGCGCCUGACCUGUGAAGAGUGCCUGGCCAACUCGAGCCAGUGUGCCUGGUGCCAGUCCACCCACACCUGCUUCCUCUUUGCUGCGUACCUGGCCCGGUACCCACACGGGGGCUGCCGUGGCUGGGAUGACAGUGUGCACUCGGAGCCGCGGUGCCGGAGCUGCGACGGCCUUCUGACCUGCCACGAGUGUUUGCAGAGCCACGAGUGUGGGUGGUGUGGCAAUGAGGACAACCCCACACUGGGACGGUGCCUACAGGGGGACUUUUCAGGGCCUCUGGGUGGGGGCAACUGCUCCCUGUGGGUAGGGGAGGGCCUGGGGCUGCCGGUGGCCCUCCCUGCCCGCUGGGCAUAUGCCCGCUGUCCUGAUGUGGAUGAGUGUCGCCUGGGCCUGGCUCGAUGUCACCCGCGGGCCACCUGCCUGAACACGCCUCUCAGCUAUGAGUGUCACUGCCAGCGAGGCUACCAGGGCGAUGGCACCACACACUGCAACCGCACGUGCUUGGAGGACUGUGGCCAUGGUGUAUGUAGCGGUCCCCCAGACUUCACCUGCGUGUGUGACCUGGGCUGGACGUCGGACCUGCCCCCACCCACACCCGCUCCAGGACCCCCCGCCCCCCGCUGCUCCCGGGACUGUGGCUGCAACUUCCACAGCCACUGCCGCCGGCGGGGGCCUGGCUUCUGCGAUGAGUGCCAGGACUGGACGUGGGGAGAGCACUGCGAGCGGUGCCGGCCUGGCAGCUUCGGCAACGCCACGGGCUCAGGCGGCUGCCGGCCCUGCCAGUGCAACGGGCACGGGGACCCACGCCGUGGCCACUGCGACAACCUCAGCGGGCUCUGCUUCUGCCAGGACCACACUGAGGGUGCCCACUGUCAGCUCUGCUCCCCGGGCUACUACGGGGACCCGCGGGCUGGCGGCUCCUGCUUUCGGGAGUGUGGAGGUCGCGCCCUCCUCACUAACGUGUCCUCAGUGGCACUGGGCUCCCGCCGGUUUGGGGGGCCUAUGCCUCCAGGUGGUGGAGUGGCGAGAGCUGGGCCUGGCCUGUCCUACUGUGUGUGGGUUGUCUCGGCCACUGAGGUGCUGGAGCCCUGUGCCCCCGGGACCCUCUGCCCCCCACUCACCCUCACCUUUUCCCCUGACAGCAGCACUCCCUGCACGCUGAGCUACGUGCUGGCCUUUGAUGGAUUCCCACGCUUCCUGGACACUGGUGUCGUCCAGUCAGACCGGAGCCUCAUAGCUGCGUUCUGCGGCCAGCGGCGGGACAGGCCCCUCACUGUGCAGGCCCUGUCUGGGCUGCUCGUGCUACACUGGGAGGCCAACGGCUCCUCGUCCUGGGGCUUCAACGCCUCAGUGGGCUCUGCCCGCUGUGGGUCAGGAGGCCCCGGCAGCUGCCCAGUCCCCCAGGAGUGUGUGCCCCAGGAUGGGGCUGCCGGCGCUGGGCUCUGUCGAUGUCCCCAGGGCUGGGCUGGCCCCCACUGCCGCAUGGCUCUGUGUCCCGAGAACUGCAAUGCCCACACUGGGGCAGGGACUUGUAACCAGAGCCUGGGCGUGUGCAUCUGUGCUGAGGGCUUCGGAGGCCCUGACUGUGCCACGAAGCUGGAUGGUGGGCAGCUGGUCUGGGAGACCCUCAUGGACAGCCGCCUCUCAGCUGACACUGCCAGCCGCUUCCUGCACCGCCUGGGGCAUACCAUGGUGGAGGGGCCUGAUGCCACCUUGUGGAUGUUUGGGGGCUUGGGCCUGCCCCAGGGGCUGCUGGGAAACCUGUACAGGUACUCAGUGAGUGAGCGGAGGUGGACACAGAUGCUGGCGGGAGCUGAGGAUGGGGGCCCUGGCCCGUCACCCCGUUCCUUUCACGCAGCUGCCUAUGUGCCUGCUGCUCGUGGUGCCAUGUACCUGCUGGGGGGGCUCACAGCCGGGGGUGUUGCCCGCGACUUCUGGGUCCUCAACCUCACCACCCUGCAGUGGCGGCAGGAGAAGGCUCCUCCGACCUUGGAGUUGCCCGCAGUGGCUGGUCACACCCUUACUGCCCGCCGAGGCCUGUCUCUGCUCCUGGUAGGCGGCUAUUCCCCUGAAAACGGCUUCAACCAGCAGCUGCUCGAGUAUCAGUUGGCGACUGGCACCUGGGUGUCUGGACCGCAGAGUGGGACACCCCCUACAGGUCUCUAUGGUCACUCUGCCGUCUACCACGAGGCCACCGACUCCCUCUAUGUGUUUGGAGGCUUCCGCUUCCACGUGGAGCUGGCUGCCCCAUCCCCGGAGCUCUACUCCUUGCACUGUCCUGACCGGACCUGGAGCCUGCUGGCCCCAUCCCAGGGGGCAAAGCCUCGACCCCGGCUCUUCCACGCCUCUGCCCUGCUGGGUGACACCAUGGUGGUCCUCGGGGGGCGCUCGGAGCCUGACGAGUUCAGCAGCGACGUGCUGCUCUACCAGGUCAACUGCAACGCCUGGCUGCUGCCCGACCUCACCCGCCCGGCCUCUGUGGGACCCCCGAUGGAGGAGUCUGUGGCCCAUGCCGUGGCAGCUGUGGGGAGCCGCCUGUACAUCUCCGGAGGCUUUGGAGGAGUGGCCCUGGGCCGCCUGCUGGCGCUGACCCUGCCCCCUGACCCCUGCCGCCUGCUGCCCUCGCCCGAAGCCUGUAACCAGUCUGGGGCCUGCACCUGGUGCCAUGGGGCCUGCCUGUCCGGGGACCAGGUGCACAGGCUAGGCUGUGGGGGGUCCCCCUGCUCCCCAAUGCCUCGCUCUCCAGAGGAGUGUCGACGUCUCCGGACGUGCAGUGAGUGCCUGGCACGCCAUCCCCGGACCCUGCAGCCUGGAGAUGGAGAGGCGUCUGCCCCCCGCUGUAAGUGGUGUACCAACUGCCCUGAGGGUGCCUGCAUUGGACGCAACGGGUCCUGCACCUCUGAGAACGACUGUCGGAUCAACCAGCGAGAGGUCUUCUGGGCGGGGAACUGCUCGGAGGCCGCGUGCGGGGCCGCAGACUGUGAGCAGUGCACACGGGAGGGCAAGUGCAUGUGGACGCGCCAGUUCAAGAGGACCGGGGAGACCCGUCGCAUCCUCUCGGUGCAGCCCACCUACGAUUGGACCUGCUUCAGCCACUCGCUGCUCAACGUGUCCCCGAUGCCGGUGGAGUCAUCGCCCCCGCUGCCCUGCCCCACCCCCUGUCACCUCCUUCCAAACUGCACCUCCUGCCUGGACUCCAAGGGUGCAGACGGAGGUUGGCAGCACUGCGUCUGGAGCAGCAGCCUCCAGCAGUGCCUGAGCCCCUCCUACCUGCCCCUGCGGUGUAUGGCCGGGGGCUGCGGACGCCUGCUCCGGGGGCCUGAGAGCUGCUCCCUGGGCUGUGCUCAGGCGACCCAGUGCGCCCUGUGUCUGCGGCGCCCCCACUGUGGCUGGUGUGCCUGGGGGGGCCAGGACGGGGGUGGCCGCUGCAUGGAAGGGGGACUCAGCGGCCCCCGUGAUGGCCUGACAUGUGAGCGUCCUGGGGCCUCCUGGGCCUUCCUGGCCUGUCCCCCUGAGGACGAGUGUGCGAAUGGGCACCAUGACUGCAACGAGACGCAGAACUGCCACGACCAGCCGCAUGGCUACGAGUGCAGCUGCAAGACUGGCUACACCAUGGACAACGUGACGGGGCUGUGCCGCCCCGUGUGUGCCCAGGGCUGUGUGAACGGCUCGUGCGUGGAGCCUGACCAUUGCCGCUGCCACUUCGGCUUCGUGGGCCGCAACUGCUCCACGGAGUGUCGGUGCAACCGCCACAGCGAGUGUGCCGGUGUCGGGGCCCGCGACCACUGCCUGCUGUGCCGCAACCACACCAAGGGCAGCCACUGUGAGCAGUGCCUCCCGCUGUUUGUGGGCUCAGCCGUGGGGGGUGGGACCUGCCGGCCCUGCCAUGCCUUCUGUCGCGGCAACAGCCACGUCUGCGUCUCCAGGAAGGAGCUGGAAAUGGCCAGGAGGGAGCCAGAGAAGUACUCCCUGGACCCAGAGGAGAUAGAAAACUGGGUGACAGAGGGUCCCAGCGAGGACGAGGCCGUGUGUGUGAACUGCCAGAACAACAGCUACGGUGACAAGUGCGGGAGCUGCCUGCACGGCUACUUCCUCCUGGACGGGAAGUGCACCAAGUGCCAGUGUAACGGCCACGCGGACACAUGCAAUGAGCAGGACGGGACGGGCUGCCCGUGUCAGAACAACACAGAGACGGGCACGUGCCAGGGCAGCUCUCCCAGUGACCGCCGAGACUGCUACAAGUACCAGUGUGCCAAGUGCCGGGAAUCUUUCCAUGGGAGCCCACUGGGCGGCCAGCAGUGUUACCGCCUCAUCUCGGUGGAGCAGGAAUGCUGCCUGGACCCCACGUCCCAGACCAACUGCUUCCACGAGCCCAAGCGCCGGGCACUCGGCCCAGGCCGCACCGUCCUCUUCGGCGUGCAGCCCAAGUUCACCAAUGUGGACAUCCGCCUGACACUGGACGUGACCUUUGGUGCUGUGGACCUCUACGUUUCCACCUCUUAUGACACUUUCGUGGUCCGUGUGGCCCCUGACACCGGUGUCCACACUGUGCAUAUCCAGCCCCCACCACCACCACCACCGCCCCCACCCCUGGCUGACGGUGGCCCCCGGGGGGCUGGGGACACAGGAGGACCAGGGGCUGGGAGCGGGCUGGGCGCUCCAGCAGAGCCACGAGUGCGGGAGGUAUGGCCGCGAGGCCUGAUUACCUAUGUGACUGUGACAGAGCCGUCGGCGGUGCUGGUGGUCCGUGGAGUGCGGGACCGGCUGGUCAUCACCUACCCCCACGAGCACCACGCCCUCAAGUCCAGCCGCUUCUACCUGCUGCUGCUGGGCGUGGGAGACCCAAAUGGGCCGGGCGCCAACGGCUCGGCCGACUCGCAGGGCCUGCUCUUCUUCCGGCAGGACCAGGCCCACAUCGACCUGUUUGUCUUCUUCUCUGUCUUCUUCUCCUGCUUCUUCCUCUUCCUCUCUCUCUGCGUGCUCCUCUGGAAGGCCAAGCAGGCCCUGGACCAGCGUCAGGAGCAGCGCCGGCACCUGCAGGAGAUGACCAAGAUGGCCAGCCGCCCGUUUGCCAAGGUCACUGUCUGCUUCCCGCCUGACCCUGCUGCCGUGGCUCUGGCCUGGAAGCCGGCUGGGCUCCCACCGCCUGCCUUCCGCCGUUCUGAGCCCUUCCUGGCUCCUCUGCUGCUGACGGGGGCUGGUGGGCCCUGGGGACCUGUGGGAGGAAGCUGCUGCCCACCGGCCAUCCCAGCCUCCACUGCUGGCCUGCGAGCUGGGCCCAUCACCCUUGAGCCCACAGAAGAUGGCAUGGCCGGGGUGGCCACACUGCUGCUGCAGCUGCCCGGGGGGCCCCACGCACCCAACGGUGCCUGCCUGGGGUCAGCCCUUGUCACGCUGCGGCACAGGCUGCAUGAGUACUGUGGGGGUGGCGGGGGUGCUGGGGGCAGUGGGCAUGGAGCUGGCGCCGGCCGGAAGGGACUGUUGAGCCAGGACAACCUCACCAGCAUGUCCCUCUGACCUGCCAAGGGCCACGGCAGCCAAAUCACCUGAGGGGGCCACUCUGGACUUGGGGCUCCUCCACCCGGGUCCCUGGACACUGCCUCCUCAGACAGCACUGACUCCCUUCCCCUUGGGGGUCCUCAGGGCCCCUUUUGUUCUGCAUUCAGCAACUAUUUAUUGAGCACCUACUAUGUGCUGGGCACUGUUGCAGGCACAGGGCAAGCAGGAGUCAAGGGAAGUGGGUCCCUGAUGUUGUGGGACUUAGGUUCUGGUGAAGGGAGACAGGCAACACACACACAUGCACUGACACACAUACAGACACAGACACAGUGACACAGAUAUAGAGACACACAAAUACAGAGACUGACACAGACAUGCACACUGACACACAGUGAUAAAGAGAGUGACAGACAUGCACACUGACAGAUACAGAGACACAGAGACAGUGACAGACGCAUACACACUGAUAAGACAGGUAUGGACACAUGUGCAAGGUUCUUUCAGAGAGACCUCCAUGGGAUGUGACAGGGCCCAUGGGGUGAAGCCCGCUGGACGUCCUGAGAGGCACAGAAGAGCAAUUGGCUGUGAGAGAUGCUGCGAGAAGUGAGCUCUGGGCAGAAGGAACCGAGGGUGAAGGCCAUGAGUGGGGAGCCAGUGUGCUUUAUUGAAGGCUUGGGAAAUGGGCCCGUGUGCCCCAGGCCAAGUGUGAGAUGAGGUUGGGCGGGCAAGGAGCGGCGUCACCCCGGACUCCAUGGGUGAGAUGGGGCCUUGGCUUUCUUCUCAGGGCAGUGGGAAGCUGUUGGUUUUCGGAGGGAGUGGCAGGAUCCGAUGCACGUAUUUAAGAGGUCGCUCUGCUGAGGUGUGAGAAUGGGAUGGAGGGGGUGGGGAGGUGGCAGUCAUGCAGCUGUGUGAUGUGUAGGGGUCCAGGUGACCCUUAACUUGACUGAGCCAUGACUGGGGGUGGGGUUUGGGCAGGUGAGGCAGGCAGGCCCUGGGGAAGAUCAGGUCCAGACACUACUGCAUCUGAGCGGGGGGAGGGGAGGGGAUGGACAGUGCUGGCGGAAGUAGCUAAGAGGCAGGGACAGCAAGAGCCCAGAGGGGAGCAGGAAGCUGCUGCUGCCACCCAGACUGGAGGGACAAAGUACAUCUGUGCUGACCGAGGUCCUCCCGUGAAGCUGGGACAGCAGGGGCCGGGUUGGAGGGAGCCUCGGAGAAGAUGGAACCUCUGCUGGACGCUGCCCUAGGCAGGUGUGGGGUGUCGGCUGGAGGUGGAGCUGUGGGAGCCACUGGUGCGCAGCUCCUCACUGGUGCUGCUCGCACACUUCCGGGUGCCCCUCGCCUCAGCCACCUCCUUGGACUUCUGAGCUUCUCCACCCGCUGGGGACCCCUUUUCUCCAGUCCUAGCUGCCUCCUUGCCCAAGACUCCAACCACCUGCUGCUGUUUGGUCCUUGGGACGGGGUGGCUUGGGGGGACUG